GUCAGCAGUACAGGGCAGAGCAGGGAGAGAGAGACGAAGGGUGAGCAGUGAGGGCAAGAGAGAAAUACAGCGGUUCUGGAGAGUGAAUUUGAAUUUUCAGAGGGAAACGCAUGAUAGGGCAGUGAGUGAAACAGAGAAAGAGAGAGAGAGAGAGCCGUAGACACACACACUGAGGGGUGUGUCAUAGCAAUUGAGUUCCUCAAGGAAGUACAACUCAACAUUAUCUUAAGACAGGGUGGUAAGCACUGACAGAAGCGCUGCGAAAGGGCAGUUUUUUUUUUUUGAAGGUUUUGGUUCUGCUCAAGGUGAAGAUGGAGAGAUCCCGUUAAACUAACCGACCUGUGCUGUCAACUUGAUACACAGAGAGAGAGAGAGAUCUGACACAGAGAAGGAGGGAGGGGGCCCCACACAGGCAACAAUGGACGCCUUUAGCUCCAGGGACAUGGCCAUGAAGGUUCAGAAGAAGAUCCUCAGCAGCAUGGCCAGCAAAAGCUCGGUUCAAAUGUUCAUCGAUGACACCACCAGCGAGAUCCUGGAUGAACUCUACCGGGUCUCCAAAGAGUACUCGCAAAACAAAUCAGAGGCUCAGAAAGUCAUCAAAGACCUGGUCAAGAUCGCAGUCAAGAUUGGCGUGCUGUUCAGAAACAACCGCUUCAGCCCAGAGGAGCUGGGAGUGGCCCAAGACUUUAAGAAGAAGCUGCACCAAGGGGCCAUGACAGCUAUCAGCUUCUACGAGGUGGACUUCACCUUUGACAAUGCUGUGAUGUCGGAACUACUGUCGAGCUGUAGGGAUCUGCUGCUGAAGCUGGUCAACCAACACCUCACCCCUAAAUCUCAUGGCCGCAUCAACCACGUCUUCAACCAUUACUCCGACCCCAAGCUCCUGACCAAACUGUACGAUCCCAAUGGCCCCUUCAAAACCAACCUCAGCAACAUCUGUAAAGGACUCAACAAACUGGUGGAGGAUGGGACAAUAUGACACAUGAACAGACACAUAUCACAGACAGACACUGGGAGAUCAACAGGUAGACUCAACUGAGACAAACUGCUGGACAAAACUCCUCUUACUGCUGCUGAGCAGUGGCGACGUAAGAGGCCAGUGAUUUGAGUGCUAAUAUACUGCCACAGUUCUCAAAGAACAUGUGGAAUAAGAAUAAAGUCGGUUGAGUCAUUCCUCAAUUUUGUAAUGUUUAAAGGUGACUUAUAUACUGUAUAUAUGGAGAGAGAUGACAGAAUUGUGAUGCCUGUUCAAACAGUGAAGCCAAACUUGAACAUGAACAGAUUUCUAUUGUAUCAGCCAUUGUAUUGGCAUAUGAAAUGUCAUCCAGUGUUUAAUAUCUGUGACCUUGAAAUGUUAUAUUCAGAACUACUGAUGCAUUCUGGAGAGGAGGAGUCAAAUCAGCCAGGUAGACUACAUGAUCAAGAAAGAAGGGGAACAGUGUAAUACAGCACUGCCAUCUGGUGGUCAAGGGGAUGUUUUAGUGUAAUGAAUCUACUGAAGUGUCCAGAUGAUGAUGCAGCCGAUAAUAAAGCAAAUAUAAGCACAGUGGACAUUACUCCCACAAACA